CUCCGCUCCGCGACGAGCGCUUGCCGUAGGCACGCUACUGGCAGCCUCGAACGCAGUUUAAGAGCAUCCGCCGCGGCCCUGGGGCUGCCCCGCCGCACGCCGUCGACGCGACUCCCGCGCAUCAUUGUUUAGGAGCAGCUUGGGCCCUCUGUAGCCCAGCGGGAGGACGCCAUGGCCGACGAGGCGGCGGCCCUCCUCGGCGACUCCGUCGAGGAGGCCUACGACCGCGCGAGGCAUAACAAACUGACGCCCGAAAAAGCACGAGAGCUACGCCACGCGCGGUGGUGCGUCUACGCGAGCCAGUUCCUGCACAAGGUCGCGUGGGGCGCCUACUCCGUAGUAUCGCCCUUCUACCUCGCGCUCUUCAUGUCGACAGCCGCGGCGGCGAACGUGGCCACGGCCGAGUGGGCGGCGUACUCGAUCGGCCAGGUCCUCUGCACGCCUAUCCUGGGCGCGGCCACGGACCAGGCCGGGCGACGGCCGGUUUUUGUGGUGUGCCAAAUGCUCAUCACGGUCGUGUUCCUGGUGUUAUUCUGGCCGAACUUGUACUGGUGGGCUAUUACUGGAUUUAUCCAGGGCUGUUUUAGCUGUACGUGGGCCGUGAGUAUCACAAUACUGGUGGACUGCGUGAGCAACGGAGCCCCGCCGGGCGGCGAGGACGAUAUUCUGAUCAUGCGGUUGUUUCGUCGCAUCGCGACGCCGGCUUCAGAAACAUUGGAUGGGGAAGUGCGCCAGGAACUCGCGGUCGCCGUCACGGCCCUAUGGUUCGUCGCUGGUGCUGGUGAAGUAGUAGGCUACGGUGUCGGAUAUGGUUUAUGGGCUAUAUUACCAUCAUGGUUAGCUAUCGUGUCGUGCGGCUUCUUCCAGUUGGUUGGGGCGCUGAUUGUGUACGCGUACCUGCCGGAGACGGCGCCGUCGAGUAAACCCUUCGCCUACGCGGAGGCGCUGGACUCCGCUAUGGUCGCCGUUAAGGCGCAAACCCAAGCAGUCGCUAUGGUGUUGCGAGAUACGCGGUCGACCUAUUUGACUGCUUCUUAUGUCUUACAAUAUUUCGCAUUAACAGGAGUGACGGACCUGUGCGUCUUCUGGGGCCAGGCGAAGUACGACUGGUCCGCCCAGGCCGCUGCUGUAUAUCUGGCGGUGUUCACCAUUUCACCCGGGGUAGGAGCUUUGAUAGGCUCUCGAUUACUCUACCCUUCGUCGUUAAGGUACGCGAAGUCCAUCGCUCUAAUGCUCUUCAGCGCGGCGGUCGGUUGUGUGCUCGAGGGCUUGGCCUCACCGACGGUCGCGUCGGCCAUCGGUCUAUCGAUCCUCGCGACGGCGGGCGGUGGUGUGUACCCCGCGAUCCUCGCGCUCCUCACGCCCGAUAUAGCUCCAGGAAAGCAGGGCCAUCUGCAGGGCGCGCUGUACGCGAUCGCGACGCUUGGGUCCGUUGCAGCAUUGGGCAUUUAUCUGGCGUUGUUCAACACGACGGAAACGUUCUUGAAUGGUGCCAGUAUAUGGCUCCUGUCGGCAGUGUUCUUUGUGUUUGCGGCUCUUUUCUCCUACGCGGCCGGCGAGCGCAUCACCGUCGAGCGAGGGCAGGCGAAGCACCCCGUCAUUCCCGGGAGUCCACCACGACGACGAACAAAAUAUCAAGAUGUGUAAGAUAGUUAC